AUGCUACUGGCGGUUCCACGGGCGCUACAGUGCCUGAGGCCCCGGAGGCAUUUCCCAGCAGCAGCCUUUGUGCUAACACGGGCUGCUAGUUUUGCAUGUCAUUGUUUCGGAGGCUCCUCAAGGGUGCGGUGGAUUCACAGCAGCCAGAAGCAAGCGGGGAGUCAGGAGCUUCAGGGGCUCACUCCACAGCAGAAACGCAUUCUUUAUCGCAGCAAACAGCGCGGGUGGGUUGAGUUGGACCUCAUCCUCAGCGCAUUCACGGAGAGAAGCAUCAAAACAUUUCGUUUGGAGGCAAGGAAUCUCACACGUGAUUCAAAUUACUAUGAGCUGGCGGAGCUCGAGAAAAUAAUUGACGAAGAAAAUGUCGUACUCUACGGCUGUCUUGUGGGCGCCGAUGGCCACCGCGAGGCCGCUCCACCCCAUCUGCAGGACUCAGCUGUUUUCAAGCAGCUGAUGAAUUUUGCUCUCAACCAAUACCCAAAUCUCGUGGCUAUGCAAACAACGAGCAGCAGCGCGGCCGCACCAAAUCCUAGUUGA